AUGAGUCAAUCAAAUAAUAAAAUAACCAGAGCACAAAUAGAAGGCAUAAAAAGUUCAGAACUAGAACUUUUUAAAAGUAUGAUAAUUCCAUUCAACGCUACAGUUGAACAAUAUAAUAAAGAUGAUGAGAGCGCUAUAGUACAAUUUAAAAAUGGAGUAGAAAAAAAACAUAUAGAAUCCUUAGGAUCAUAUAAAAUAAAACCACUGUCCUAUGAUUCGAGUGACAAAAGUGAUCAGAGUUUAAGAAAAAGAAAUGUAAAUUUUAUAUGUGAUAGAAUUGUAAUUGAUGAACAUGAUAUAAUGAACAUUUUCCUUAACGCCACGCUCAUUGCUCCAGUAAUAUUUGUCUUAUUAAGUAUGUUAAUAUUUUUUUCCAUUUUUUGA